UUUUGCGACAUUUAGGGGUGAUUGCAUCAUUUAACGCCAACCUUGCGACAUAUAACGGCGGUUGUGACAUUUAGCAGUGGUGUGACAUUUAACGGUGGUGUAACAUUUAACGGUUAUUUCUUAACUUUCCGAUAAUUUCAAAUUUUGCGGAUAAAAAAAAAAGGCAAGUUACCGAAUCGAAAUUUCGAGUCAGUAUCUUGAAAGUACGAAUUAAUAAAUGACACACACCUGGCACUAAUGGCACUAAUGCUCUUCCGUACUAUUUACAAAUUUUGAAAUGUAAUACUAACUACCGGUAUAAAUACAAAUAAUGAAGGAUCGAUCAUUAGUCAUUAGUCAUUACAAUUUAGUCAGGCUACUGUGAGAAAAAAAAAACCCAAAUGAUAUUUAAUUGAUCUAUAUUACAGAACCUUGGAUAUGUAAAAAGGCAAUAUUAUAGAUUUUCAAUAGGAUAUAUUUUGCAUUCCGGACUGGAUGUUACUACAUAUUUCGUCAUGCGCUUUCAACAAUUUUCGAGGUGCUGCUACAUAUGGUCCAAGAAAAAGGAGGGAAAAUGUGUUGUUUUAUGUGGAAUCUCAGCGACAGUAUAUGUAUUUCUUCUGUUACAUCAAGAGGUGAACAUUCCCCACCUGAAAGGAUACAACGCUGAUACAUCUAUAAAGUUCUUUAAUGUAGUCAACUUCAACAGCAGCAGCAGCAGCAGCAGCAACAACAACAACAACAAAAGGAUUAAGGCAUCAUCGAACAGUUUAUACAAACACAAGAGAAACAAAAUUGGAACACCAGCAUUCCUUAAUGCGUCAUAUCAAAAGAUGCAUGAUUUUGGUACCAGCAUUAGAAAUAAAUGUGGUCCCACCAGCAGUAAGACACCGGCUGUGAAAGUGCAGACUUACUCAAGUAAAAGCGAAAAUGUGAAAUUCUGCGCCGUGUGGAAAGUUGGCACAACAUUUUUCAAACGAUUGUUCAUGAUAAAUACUUUGCCAGAAUACAAAGAUUUUGUCAAUCCUUUCAAUAUAAGUUUCCAUGUCAUGUACGGCAGUAAACCAUCAGUGAUACCGAAUUCGAAUGAUGUUCAGAGAUUCAUGUUUGUACGCGACCCGUACCGCCGUCUACUGUCUGGAUAUAUAGAUAAGCUCUUAGCACCGAAUCCAAUCUACUGGAAAAUAUUAGGAGUACCCGCCAUUCGGUUUGCAAGAAAAAAACCGGAUACCAAGAGCUUAUCAUGUGGUCAUGAUCUAACAUUUCGCGAAUAUGUGAAAUAUGUUGCUGCCGCAAUGACCUCACAUGCAAAGAUUAAACGUGACCUGCAUUUUGACAGCUACACUGCAUUAUGCAAACCAUGUCAAAUAAGAUAUGAUUUUGUCGGCAAAUUGGAAAAUAUCAAAACUGAUUCGGUAGCUUUACUGAAAUCUUUGAAUUUAAGUAACACGAUUGAAUUUUUAGCAUACUAUGGGAGCGAACUUGUUACUGACGACGCUAUCAGAGAUACGACUUACCAACCAUUUGAUCCAGAAUUUGUACCUCUCUUAAAGAAAUGUUUGAAUAGAGUAGAAGUAUUCCAGAGAUCUUGGUCAAAAUUAAAAAUGCGUGGUCUUAUCGGCAACUAUAAUCUGACGAUUGACUUCGAUACUGCAAGCAAUUUAACCUAUAGCGGCUUUCUAGAUAUGGCGCGAAAUGCUUACAGGAAGUCGACGACAGAAGAGCGGAAGAAGCUACAACAUAGCUCAUUUUUGAACAUGUUUUCUACUGUUGAUAAAGCUGACAUGGAAACUAUUUCUAAAGCAUAUGCUGAGGAUUUCAAAUUAUUUGAUUAUGAAGCAAGACCUUCUGAAUUAUUUAAGGUAUAAAUGUACUUUUUCUAUGGACAUAUUGAAUAUGGAAUAAACAGGAGUGACACACAGUCAUCCAAAAAAUGACAGAAAAAAAGUGUUUUUUUUUAAACGUGCAACUACUUCAAAAACUUCAUCAAAUAGAAAGAGAAAAAGGUUUUUAAAACUAUUUCAUUUUACAAUAUAAGAAAAUCUUUCAAUAAAUGAAUGCUUGGUUCAUUAUUUUCUCUGAACACUGGACUCUGAUAAAUAAGUGCAAUUCAAGUGUUUUCUGCAUUAUUUAUAAUUAUUAUUAUUAUUACUUCUGUUAUCAUUGUUCUUACUCAUAUCAUUAUUAUUUCUUAAAUUAUUACUUCUGUUGUUAUUGAUUUCGUUGAUAUUAUUAUUGGCUAAUUUUAAUGUAUAGUCGUAGAAAAAAGUAGACUCAAUACCAACAGGCUAACCAUGAUUGGACUUUGUUCAAAGGAAACACCAUACCACAUUUGCUUAAAUAAUUGACCUCUGUGAAAUGCGACCUUUUAUGUACAAUCGGGCAUCCAUCUAACAAAAUUACUGAUCUAAAUAAAAUUAUUCCAUAAAUCCCAAGAGGUCAUUUUUAAGCUGGAGUUCUGUUUGGUAUGCUGACUUGGAAAUUUGUCAUCAGAUAAACUGCGCUAGUUUCAGAAAGGCGGUCGUUGUGAACUUUGAUCUUCAACCUUGUUACUCCAAAAUUAAUGUACAUGUAAUACUGUGCUUCUGACCGUUUUAAGCUAAUUGCUUUUGUCAUUUUAUUAUUUCAGGAAAACUGCUGAUAUCGAGCCAUAAACAUACGUGAACAUAUGAAGUUUGUUACUUGCACACAAAAUUCUUUAUUAUAGAAUUCAUAGCACUGUGUUUUCAGUACAUGGUACCGUAAUAUUGAUCCCCAAGACGAUAGGUUUCAUCAAGUAACCAAAUAAAAUGUUCUAUGAAAUUGCACGACUGUAUACCGAGAACUGUCUUUAUCUAUGCAUGUACCAGAAAGACUUCUGUCAAUUUCAGUGUCAACAGAGAAUAUAUAUAUAUAUUUGUUGGGUUUAACAUGGAACCGACAUAAUUAUUGGUCUUAUGGCGACAUUACAGCUUUGAUGGUGGAGGAAGACCCUAGGUACCCCUCCGUGCAGCGGGUACAUGGGUAGAACCAUCGACCUUCCGUAAGCCAACUGUAUGGCUUCCUUACAUGAAGAAUUCAACGCCCCUAUUGUGGCCCGAAGCCGCAUCGGUGCAAUCCCACCACAUGGCGUUUAAGGUUGAAUGCGCCUAAUUUGAAGUUCUUGGGUUUCGUCUCAAUAUUUUGUUUAAAAUAGAAUUCAGCAUAUUCAUCAUAGACUGCGUAUUUAACUUUUUUGAUAUUUCCGUAUUUUUUUUCUUUGCAAACCUUCAAACAUGACCAUUGACCAUUGAUGAAUCAUGACUUUUUUCGUAAAUAGCUUUAUUCAUUCAACAAAUAUCGAUUUGCUUGUUACUCUUUAUAUUUUCAUUUAAAAAUGCCUUUAAAAUGGUGUAUAAUUUGUGGAAUUCAUUUUAAUGUUUAAGUCGAUAUUUACGUUAAAGUGACGUCAAAUAUGACGUUGAGUUUUGAGGAAAAAGUUUGCUAAAAUCUUGUCUUAUGUAAAACCCAAACGAUAGAAUUUGAGAGAAAAAAACUAACAUUAUGAUGAAAAUUUUAUUUUCUGUCGAUUUAUGGAAUAAAAUUAUGGGGUCGCCGAAUUCAUUUUCGCGUAAAAUUACAUUACGCCACCCCUACACCCAAAUCACAACAUAACUUAGUUUACGUGUUUUUCUGAUAUAUCUCUUUUCAAAUCUCCGAAUUUUACACUCUCAUUCAUCAAAGGCUCACUACAAACGUGAAACGAAUCUUGGUACGUGAGAAAGAGGGUGUUCUUUUCAAAAGAGGUCUUUAUAUCUGUAAAACUGGCGGCCGGUGCGAUCUGGUUUCAAUGCAAACGCCAAUGCGACAAAUGUGCAUAAAAUACUGAUCAUGUUAUUUUUAAAAAUCGCUUUACAUAUAUUUCUUAAUAAUCAUGAUUAUCUUGUCAUCUUUUUCUUAUUCAAAAUACCAGUAAUUAAAUGAAAAAUUUAUGCAUGUGC